AUGGUUGAUUUGACUGUCAAGCCGCUAUCAUCACAGUUACCUUUAUUGGAUGUGAAGGCUUGGGUACUACCGACCAUUUCCUCUAUUUUGCCUACACGUCGGUUGCCAGCUGAAAUUCGUUCAAAAUGUGAUCAUCUGUCGUUGGCGGACCCAUCUUUUGAUUCCCCAGCUCCGGUGGACAUGUUGAUGGGUGCAGAUAUUUUCCCUCAGAUAUGGAGCAAUGAAUCCAUACAGCUAGGUCAUGGACUGCCCUCCGCUUACAGCUCGGUUUUCGGAUGGGUGCUGAUUGGUCCGAUCCAGCAACCUAAUGUUAUAUUCCCUCAAUCGUUAGCAGUAUCUCUUACUACUUCAAUAGAAACCCUAAUAGAGAAGUUUUGGCAGAUCGAAGAGCCGGCAGCAGCUCCGCUAAGAUUUACAGAGGACGGCCAAUGUGAAGCUAUUUUCAUGGAGGAGAUGUACCGGGAAUAUAAUGGACAAUAUGUUGUGCCUCUACCCUUUAGAUCUGUUAGCUCGGACAGACUAUUUCCGGGUAUGCGCGAGGUGGCUCUACGUCGAUUUUACCAACUCGAAGGCAGGCUUCAGCGGGAUAGGUUGUUACACGAGGCCUAUAAGAAAUUUAUGAGAGAAUAUGAAGAACUUGGGCAUAUGUCAAGGUCAGAGGAACCUGGGGAGUACUUCAUACCUCAUCAUGCCGUACAUAAAAUGGUAGGUGAUGAGGUGAAGUUGCGGGUAGUGUUCGAUGCUUCUGCUAGGUGUCAGGAUGGAUACUCUCUUAAUGAUAAGCUAUUUGUCGGUCCUAAACUUCAACAAGAUAUCGUUGAUGUUUUGUCUGGAUUCCGUAUCCACCAAAUUGCCUUUACCACAGAUAUUUGUAAAAUGUAUAGGCAGAUAAAGGUACAUGAUCAGUACAAGGGGUACCAACACAUUCUAUGGAUAGAGCUCGCUCAUGAAUCGUCAAAGAAUAUACCCUUCACACAGUAA